GCUUGCAGACAAGCAAAUCACACCCGAAUUCCUAUUCGAGGGUGUCGAUCCCUCCAUCGAUCAGUUGAAAGUGGCGCAAGGGCACUUCUGCUAUGAACUUCGCCAAAAUCGGCAUAUGCCAACCAACUCAUCGAUGCUGAAGAAGGAGAAUGAUCUCUGGUCUGAAGUCUAUCGAGACAGUCAGUUUUUCAACCGAGUGUUCCGAUACUGCCAAGUGACCGAUCCAAGUUUCCACUUCCCCGAGAGCGCAAGACCAAACACAUCCAAGCAGCCAUCCGUCGAGGAGGUGAUAGCGAUCGCUGAAAGACAAAUCUUUGAAUUUCAGUGGCAGAUAGUGGUCGAUUCUGUGAAUGAUAUCACGAUUCGACCCAACGAGAGCAGAGAUGGAGACACCUAUGUUUCCAGGCUUUUGUCAUUCGACAUCUCAGCGAUAAGUCGAGCAAGGGAACACGGACUGACACUCGAGGAUGUGUCGUUUCUGAAGGUGUCUGGAUGGCCCAAGUGGCUCUCCAAUAUUCAAGAGCUGACCGUCACACAUUUCAACUGGAGACGAGGCCUGGUCCACAGAUCAGCUUGGAAGGCAUGCCGAAGGAGCUGCCUUCGCUUACAAGGCUCGACCUGAGUGGAUGCAGUGAACUCAAGUCACUCAAUGGAAUGCCUGAGAUGCCAAAGCUGGACAUACUACAGCUCCCCAAGUUCAUCGAGUCCCUGGAAGGUAUACCGGAAGUGCUGCCCACCUUUCCAAAACU